GUGCGUCUUCUUCCAUCGGCUAUCAUCGUUUUGCUCACCCAUCAGCUAGGUUAACUUAAGGUUCGCAGAGUUGCAGUUAGUCUUCCUUUCUACUCACUCGCGUUUCAGCGUAUUUUUCGUCCGAUAUUGGUAGUACAUCCAUUGAUUAGUUAGAAUUCCGCACUUUCUCGAUAGUUAGUUUACUUCGUUCGUAGUUCUUCGCGGGCAUUCGUUUUGAACGGGAUGGACACUCAAGAAGACCCUCCUGAAACACCAGCCAAAAGGCACAAGUGCUCAGCCUGCUAUAGGCAAUAUAAGAGAAAGGAACAUCUCAUUGAGCACAUGAAAAUUUCAUACCACUCAGUCCAUCAGCCUAAAUGCAGGGUCUGUCAAAAGCACUGCAAAUCUUUUGAAUCUCUGAGGGAACACCUUACCGGUCCAUUGCCGAAAGGAAAUUGUUCCAAGCACUUCUCUGAACAUGGUUGCCAACUUUGCUUAAAAUUAUUUGAUAGCCCCACAGCUCUUAUCGAGCAUAAAGAGAUGUGUUACCUAUCUGCACCCACUCCUCUGGGAACAGAGGCAUUGACCUAUAUUAGAUCCCAAAUGCAUCGUCCAGAUUCUCCUGAUGAAAACCUCACUGGAAGGCACCCUGGAGCAAUCGCAAUUGAUUGCGAAAUGGUUGGUGGUGGAAGUGAUGGAUCAUUAGAUCUUUGUGCUAGAGUAUGCAUGGUCGAUGAAGAUGAGAAUUUAAUUUUUCACACCUAUGUGCAGCCUCAAAUCCCAGUUACUAACUAUAGAUAUGAUAUAACUGGGUUGACAGAAGAGCAUCUUAGAGAUGCGAUGCCACUUAAGGAAGUUCAAGACAAGGUAUUGCAAAUUCUGUACAAUGGAGAAUCAAUUGGCAAAGUUAGAUUGGAUGGAGGAAAGGCCAAGCUUCUUGUGGGGCAUGACCUAGAACAUGAUUUGGACUGCCUGAAAUUGAAUUAUCCUGAUCAUAUGUUGAGGGACACUGCAAAGUAUCGUCCAUUGAUGAAAACAAACUUGGUCAGCCAUUCGCUUAAGUACCUUACAUUAACAUAUUUAGGUUAUGACAUCCAGACAGGCACACAUGACCCUUAUGAAGACUGUGUUUCCGCGAUGAGGUUGUACAAGAGAAUUCGAGGCCAAGUUCAUAUGGAGGAAAACUCCAGAACAUUUACUUCAAGUAACGUCACUGCCAUUUCUGAUUAUUGGAAAUCCAAGGAACUUGAGAACUCUACACCAGAUGAACUCUUUGCCAUGUCAAAGUCAGACUAUAGAUGCUGGUGUUUGGAUUUGAUGUAGGAAAAUGAGAGCCUGAGCAAAUGAGCUUUUGUCGUCCUGGAGAUUAUUUCGAUGUGUGAAUAACUAUUCUAAAGUUGUGGGGAUGCAAAAUGAAAGGAAAGGGAAGGGUUGUGAUGGAAAAGUUUAUAUAUUGAAGGACUUGCUAAUGUAAUGAGAUAUAGUUCGUAGAUUCAUGGUGAA